UAGGGUAAUAAAUAAUAAUGUAAAUGUUCUGUGGUGAUGGUCUUUGCGUGGUGUUUUUCAUAAAUUAGUGUUUUUUGUUGCCAAAGAUAAACGGUUUGAUUUUGUUUUACGGGUUUUACGGUGAUUUUUAUACGCCUUCGAUUAGGUAGGAACGCAUGGGUUUCAUCGGUUUCGUUUUCAACAAGGAAACAAUAUUCAUGAUCGUCACGCAGUCCCAAGUUAACGCUUUGUACAAAAUCAAAUGAGUGUGCCUACUUACGACGCCGGCCCAGAGCAUUUUCAGCAAUUUCCUUCGAACAGGAUAAUUGUAAUACACCCCGGAUCACUCUACGUUCGCAUAGGGCGCGCAUCUGAUCUACUACCAGUGAAACAACUUCAUUGUAUAGCGAGAAAACGCCAUCCCGGAGGGAAAAUCUACCGCGAUCCUUUCGUGCCGCCGAGCGUGCCCAAGACGAAAGAACUGAUCGAGGAGCUGGAAGAAUGUCGUCUGCAGAUCUCCCACACGCUGCAGUCCUGUAUGCAGUCGCACGGCGGGCGGCGGUAUGCCACGCCGCCGCAGCAGAUCGCGGCUUUCAACCGCCGCUCGCUCCCGGAGCCCGCAGCCGACGGGGAGGCGUGGCCGCAAGUGCAGUGCGACCUCGUGGUGGGUGACCUGGUGCUGGACGUGGACCCCGAGCUGCCCUACAACGUGCACUUCCCGUUCCGCCGCGGCGACUUCAACUUGCACUCCGAAGUCGGCGGCUCCAUCUCCUCCGUUCUCAACGACCUCUUUACCAUUUGGAGCUCAAUUAUUGAAUACAAGCUGGGCAUACCCUUGAUGGAACUGGUGAAGUACCGCUGUGUUCUAUUGAUACCAGAUAUCUAUUCGAGAAGUCAUCUAAAGUACCUUACAUCGCUAUUAUUGAAAGAUUUAGGAUUCGGUCACUGCUUUCUUGUUCAAGAAAGUGUAGGAGCGACAUUCGGAGCGGGCAUAGGCUCUGCCUGUGUUGUAGAUAUCGGUGACCAAAAGACUGCCAUUUCGUGCGUUGAGGAUGGCAUCUCACAUAAAACUACAAGAUUAAGAAUGGAUUAUGGAGCCGGGGACGUAUGUCAGGCUUUGUCCUGGAUGUUCCACAAGAGUGCAUUCCCAUACAAGAAUUGGAAUGAAAAUGUCCCAAGAGAUGUUUUCCUGAUGCGCAACUUGUACCAGGACUUUUGUCACAUCAAUUUAGACGUCUGCGGACCUCAAGAGAAGACAUUUCUAGUUGACCAUCCUGGAGAUAUAGUGAAUAAAUAUACUUUACAAGUUGGUGACGAAUGUAUCAUAUCACCGCUGUCCUUGUUUUACACGGAUCUACUUAAAAUAACCGGGCAGAAGACUACUAAAAUUCAAACUCGGCAACCUAGUGAUGCAGAGGACCCUUUCGAUGCUGAGUUUUUGAGAGAAACAGGAAGAAAACGUGAGCCAGCCGACCCUACGGCGAAUGAAAGUCAACAGUUUGAAGGGGCGAAUGAAAGUCAGCCAACGGCAAACCCUGAUGAUGAUAUAGUGGUGGAUACUUUAGAAAAUGGUCCAGGAGAGGUCACCCUGGCCCCUGGCCAAGUUUUGAGUUUGGACGCUGCAAUACUUCAAAGUAUAGACUGUUGUCCGACUGAGGAGUUAAAACGUAAAAUGUACAGUAGCAUAUUAAUCGUGGGUGGAGGUGUUAAAGUCCACGGCCUCAACUUGUGGCUUCAGAACAAGCUAGCUUUGCAAAUCCCUUACACGUACAAGACUGAGCAGCUGGAGAUAGUGACCUCCCCCAAGGACAUAGACCCCGCCAGCACUGUGUGGAAGGGUGCAGCCGUUAUGUCGUGCUUGGAGUCUGCAGCCGAGUUGUGGAUUAACCAGAUGGAGUGGAAUAGAUAUGGGCUCAAAAUAUUAAGAGAAAGAGCUCCUUUUAUUUGGUAAAGUAACUUUUGAUUCUUAGAAAAAAGAUUGUUUAA